AUGCCUUCUUCCGUCAAAUUGGCUCAGAAAGACCACAAAAAAGACCGCGACUUCGCUAAGGCUAUGCACGGUGAUUCCUUCAAGAAGAGUGGUCUUGGUGCUCUUAUGUCCAAAUCUGGCGAUGCCUCCAACGUCGCUAACGAGGGCUACUUCAAGCACUGGGACGGUGGUAUCACCGAGAAAGACGAGGACAAGAGAUUGGCCGACUACUCCAACUUGACUGCCCACUACUACAACUUGGUCACUGACUUCUACGAGUACGGAUGGGGCUCUUCUUUCCACUUCUCGCGUUACUACAAGGGUGAGGCUUUCAGACAAGCCACCGCCAGACACGAGCACUACUUGGCUCACAAGAUGAACAUCAACGAGAACAUGCGUGUCUUGGAUGUCGGAUGUGGUGUUGGUGGUCCCGCCAGAGAGAUCUGUAGAUUCACCGACUGUACCAUUGUUGGUUUGAACAACAACGACUACCAAAUCGAGAGAGCCAACCACUACGCCCAAAAGUACAAGUUGGACCACAAGUUGUCUUUCGUCAAGGGUGACUUCAUGCAGAUGGACUUUGAGCCUGAGAGCUUCGAUGCUGUCUAUGCCAUCGAGGCCACCGUACAUGCUCCUGUCUUGGAGGGUGUCUACAGCGAGAUCUACAAGGUUUUGAAGCCUGGUGGAGUUUUCGGUGUUUACGAGUGGGUCAUGACCGAUGCUUACGAUGAGAACAACGAGGAGCACCGUAAGAUUGCCUACGGUAUCGAGGUCGGUGAUGGUAUUCCAAAGAUGUACAAGAGAGAGGUUGCCGAGCAAGCCUUGAAGAACGUUGGUUUCACUGUCGAGUACGAGAAGGAUUUGGCUGAUGUCAAUGAUGAGAUUCCAUGGUACUACCCAUUGGCUGGUGAGUGGAAGCACAUUCAAACCCUCUCUGACUACUACACCAUUUUCAGAACUUCUCGUAUCGGUAGAUUUUUCACCACCGAGUUGGUCGGUUUGUUGGAGAAGGUCGGCUUUGCUCCAAAGGGUUCCAAGCAGGUCACUGGUGCUUUGGAGGAUGCCGCUAUCAACUUGGUUGAGGGUGGUAGACAAAAGUUGUUCACUCCAAUGAUGUUGUACAUUGCUAGAAAGCCAUUGGACAGCAAGGAGUAA